ACGAUGCGGACAUUGCGCGCCCUGUCCCUCCUCAGACCUCGACCUCAAGGGCCCCUGUCUUGUCUCGCAGCCUCUACGUGGAGGCAGCUGCAUUCAAAGUAACUUGACUCGGAUCCUCGCGUGUCGUGCUCAGCUGAGGACAACCAAGAACUAUGGCACCCCCGCUCGCCUUCCGUCUGUCUCGUGGAAUCGAGGCAACCAGUCAACCUCCAAUUCCACAGGCCUUUGAAUGGGCAGAGGCGUAUGUCGCGACGCCCGAACGGCCCUUGCUCAACAUGUCCCAGGGCGUACCAGGUAUCCCUCCCCCGCAAGAAGUGCUCGAUGCAUUAGGGGCCGCCUCGUCAGAUCCGACGAAAUGCGGCUACGUACCCAAUGAGGGAGAGCCAGCUCUGCGAAAGGCUUCCGUUGAGGAGAUGAAGUACAGAUACGGCGAGGACAUUGAUGUCACUCCGGGCGACAUCGCUAUCACCGCAGGGUGCAACCUGGCGUUUGUUUCAAUAGCUAUGACUCUGGCCGAUGCGGGAGACGAGAUGAUUCUGCCGUUACCUUGGUACUUCAAUCAUGAGAUGACUUUGACAACUCUCAACAUCAAACCGGUACUUCUACCUACACGACCGGAAGAUGGUUUCAUGCCAUCCAUUCCAGUUUGUGAGUCGUUGAUCACUCCGAAGACCAAGGCGAUUGUUCUGGUCACACCAAACAACCCUACUGGUUGUGUAUACCCUUCAUCCCUCAUUACAGACUUUGCCAAGCUCGCCCGCAAGCACAACAUUGCCCUAGUGAUUGACGAGACCUACCGUGACUUCGUCACUACCGGACCUCCCCACGACCUCUUCAAGCCCUUCUCCAUCCCCGACUGGGACUGGCGCUCUACGUUCAUCCACCUCUAUUCCUUCUCCAAGGCAUACUGCAUCCCAGGCCACCGCCUCGGCCUCCUCUGCGCCUCCCCCGCCCUCAUCCCGCACGUCAACGCCGCGCUCGACUCGCUCCAAAUCUGCGCGCCCCGGCCCCCGCAAGUCGCGCUCGCCCCGCUGCUCCCCUCGCUCCGCCCCUUCGUCGACGCGACCGCGCGUGCGGUCGAACACCGCCACCAGCUCUUCCGGCAGGUGCUCCCCGCGCACUGGCAGAUCGGCAGCCAGGGCGGGUACUACGCGUUCGUGAAGCACCCGUUCAAGGGCGUGCACGCGAACACGGUGUGCAAGCGGCUCGCACAGGAGCUCGGCGUCGUCGUCCUGCCCGCUGGGUUCUUCGGGCCGAACCAGCAGCCCAGAUCGGGGGAGGAGCCGGAGAGGUGGAUACGCUUCUCGGUCGCGAAUGUGGACGACGAGAAGGUGAAGCUUGUGUGCGAGCGGUUGAAAGAGAGCGAAAGCGUCUUUGGAUGGGAGGUUGAGGCUUGAUUCUGGGUUGAUCAACUGUUCGGCUCGGAGGCAUGAAGAUCUGGGCGAUAUGUAUCCAUAGAGUGUUGGAUCCUAGAGUUACCGCCGUGAUGGCGCAACAGAUGUUACACAUAUUUGGGCUGCCGCGUGUUCGCAUGGUAUAGAGCGGUUGACAGAAUUUCAGCGAGCAU